AUGCAGUUCUUCCAAGUCCUGUCGGUCGUCUCCUUCGGCCUGCUGGCUUCAGUUCAGGCCGCUCCCGCUGCCGCAGUCGAAGAGAGUGCCUUGGACGAGAGGACGCUCGGCAACGUCUACCUGUGCACCGGCAGCAACUGGAGCAACACCUGCCAGAACGUCGAAUUCAAGACAGACCAGACGUGCACGCCCAUCCCGGAGCCGUUCGCCUACUCGCUCGGGUCCAUCGGCCCCGACGCGGGGCAGUACUGCCGCCUGUACCCGAGCGCCGGGUGCGUCGAGAGCAAGCAGCUUCUCUUCGUCUACCCUGGCGGCUACAGCGAUCUGUACAACCAGGACGGCGUUGACUAUGGACACCAGGCUGCGUACAUUGCUUGCCAGGCUUGCAGCGCCUGCUAG